GUCUGGUCUCAGGUGGAGUACCUUCUGAACACUGGGAACCUGGUCAGCAACAGCACGCUGGACCUCUCGCAGGCCACCGGCUUCACCGUCGUGGCAGAGAAACUCAACUUCUUCAGGUACCUUUCCCACUUCAGGGCGAUUCACAGGGGAGCCUAUUUCGCGCAGCUCCGAACGACGACGGUGAGGAAGCUUCUGCCGGAGUCCUGGGGCUUCCUGUGUCCCGUGCACACGCCAGAUGGCGCCCCCUGCGGCCUGCUUAGUCACCUGACCGCCACCUGUCGCGUCGUUGCCGCGCCCCCCGAAAACCCCGAAGACGUCCAGCAGGCGAUUAUUACGGUGGCGGCGAGUUUGGGAAUGGUCCCGGCAGCUCCGGCGCUGGCGCCUCCGGCGCUGCCGCAGUACAUGGGAGUGCACCUGGACGGCCGAGCCAUCGGCUUUGGCGCGGAGACGCUGGUGCCGGCGGACCUGGAGGUGGCGCUGGUCCCCUACGAGGCGGGGGGCCCCUACCCGGGCCUCUAUCUAUUUAGCGGCCCCGCGCGCAUGAUCCGGCCGGUGUUGCAGCUGCCCGGCGGCUGCCCCGAGCUCAUCGGCACCCUCGAGCAGAUCAAUAUGCACAUCAGCUCUAAAUUCAUGCACACCCCUAAAUUCUCUUUCCAGCUUGUGAUGGAUCAUUUACACGCUCAGAGAAGCUUCACCUGCACAUCAGGUGACUUCUCUUCUUCCGCACAAAGCGUUCGGCACCGCACGGACGCGAAGCUGUACCGGCUGCAGACGCCUCAGACGCCCAUUGCGCGGACGCAGCGAUACGACGAGUACCAUAUGGACGAAUUUCCUUCUGGCACGAACAUGAUCGUCGCUGUGCUCGCUUACACAGGCUACGACAUGGAGGAUGCCAUGAUCCUGAACAAGUCUGCGGUGGAUCGCGGCCUCGCGCACGGGACGCUGUUCAAGACAGAGGGCCUCGACCUGAGAGAUGACAAGGGCAAGGCCAUGGUGAGGUUAUCUCCCCUGGCGCAGGUGCGGUCCCAGGGGGUGCAAAAGAACGAGGAGCGGAUCGACGUUGAUGGCCUGCCGCACGUUGGCACAGUGGUGUAUCCGGGGCAGGCCUACUACUCCAAAGUGGAUCGCGCAACCGGCAAGGCCAAGACCGGGAACAUGAAGGGCGAAGAAGUGGCGGUGGUCGAUCAGGUCACCAUUGUGGGCACGGCAGAUCCUAAUCUCCAGCGCGCAAAUAUUCUGAUGCGUAUCAACAGAAAUCCGGUGGUGGGAGAUAAGUUUUCAUCGCGGCACGGGCAGAAGGGAGUUCUGUCGCAGCUCUGGCCCGACAUCAACAUGCCCUUCGUGGCCGGUACCGGCAUGCGGCCCGAUCUGAUAAUCAAUCCGCACGCGUUCCCUUCGCGGAUGACCAUCGGAAUGCUCAUGGAGUCCCUGGUCUCCAAGGCCGGCGCGCUGCAGGGGAAAUUCGUCAACGGAUCUCCCUUCCAGGAUUCGGACGGCGUGGGGAGCACUCAGGAGCUGGUCAAGACUGCCAGCGAUGCUCUGGAGGGGGCCGGCUUCAGCCGCCUCGGGGGGGAGACGCUGAUCAGCGGAGUGACUGGAGAGGAGUUUGCAGCCGACAUCUACAUUGGACCGGUCUACUAUCAGCGACUGCGGCACAUGGUCUCCGACAAGUUCCAGGUGCGGUCAACCGGGCCUGUGAACGCGCUGACGCAUCAGCCGAUAAAGGGGCGGAAAUUUGGCGGAGGCAUCCGAUUCGGGGAGAUGGAGCGAGACGCGCUGCUCGCCCACGGCGCGGCGUACCUCCUGCACGACCGCCUGCACACCUCCAGUGACUACGCGGUCAUGGAUGCCUGCGCCUCCUGUGGAUCAAUCCUGACUCCGCUGCUACGCCCAGCACAGACCACUAAUGUCGGCGCACACCUGCUGGCAUCACAAGGUGUGCCAAAGAAAAUUGGGCAGGUUGUCUGCAGAGCGUGUGAGACCGGGAGGGCAAUGACUCGAGUGGCGCUGCCUUAUGUGCUCAAGUACCUGGUCACAGAACUGGCGGCCAUGAACAUCAAGUGCACUUUUUCCAUCACGCAGUGA